AUGUUCCGAUUCAUGACACAGAUCGGGCCUACAAAUACCAAGUUUGUCCGUUCGUUAGACAUCUGGGUACCAUAUAUCGCUGAACUCUCGCCAUGGCUAACAUUGCUCAAUACAUUAUCGAAAGAAGCCACUGGCCUUCGCUUUAUUGAGCUUGCAUGGGGCGCAAAUUGCGAAUCUAAUCUGAUGCGUGAGAGGGGGGCCAAAGAAAGAGGGUUGGGUGACAAUGUUCUCUUCGUAUGUGCUUUGGCCGAGAUUCAAGGGCUUGAGAAGAUUCACCUCAAAGGCUAUUAUGCUAAGCAUUGGCCUUCUUACCUGAUGGCGGUCACGGGUGCCCGGGUGCAAGCUGAAUGUGGACAACGUCAUGAACCGGGGCCUGAUGAUGAUGCUGCGACUAUUCAGUUGAUACAGGAUGCUAAUGAGAGAAGUUUGUGGAGGUUCAGGGAUUAUCAGAGGGGAACAGAGGAUUUAGUUCCAUAG